AUCGCCGCCAUCCUUAUCAGCUUUGAUCGGCACGCGGAAUGGCAGAGCAAGGAGGUCAAGAUCAGGCCCAAGAGUGGUUCCAUGUUGUUGUACAGCAGAAAGAAGGUACGUUAUCGCAGAGACGGGUACUGUUGGAAGAAGAGGAAAGAUGGCAAGACCACCAGAGAGGACCACAUGAAACUGAAGGUGCAAGGAACAGAGUGUAUAUAUGGGUGCUACGUCCAUUCAGCAAUACUACCUACUUUCCACAGAAGGUGCUACUGGCUUCUUCAGAAUCCCGACAUCGUCCUGGUUCACUAUCUCAACGUCCCUUACCCAGAUGACAACAAGCUGGCCGUCAUAACCCCAAGCCUGGCCCUCUGGGCCGACAAGAAAGAAUGGACGAAGGAUGAAUUAGUCUCCCAGCUCAAGCCCAUGUUCUUCAGCGAGGACGAGCCGGACUUGAACAACGAACUGGAAAUAUCGAAUUUUAAAUUGCAGACGGCUGAGACGGUGGAGGCGAUCGUCAGUCAAUUAAUGGAAAAACAACGCGUAGCGCGCCAAGCAGCCUUAGUAAAACAACUUGAAUGCGGGUGUCCAGAUUCCACGUGCGCAGACGGGAAGACUUGCUCGCAUCCCAUGAGGAGGAUAACAUCGGCGAAGGAUGUGGCAAGCUCCCCCCUGCCUAGCUCUAGCUCAAAUUCCCGCCCCCCUAGCAACUCUGACAACAACAAUCAAGUCUCGUCCACCACAGGGUCGGGCUCUAUGUUGCUCAGCAACAACAACUCUCCCAGGGUCUAUUCUAGAGACUCCAGGAACCAACAGGUCGCUCAGAAUAGCGGAAACUGUUCCUCCAGCUCGAGCAAUACCCCUCCUUUGGUGCUGAGCUUGUCUCAGAUCCAAGGCGGAGGCGGGCUUCUGAUCCUCAACAGCAACUCCAGUAACAAUUCUAGUCAUCAGAAUCUAGUGAAUCCGGUGUCUGUAGCUAAUUUCGUGUGCAACACCAACCGAGGGAUACAGAAGGAAACUAGAACUGGUCAUUUGGUGCUGAAGCAGGAGAUCAUGGACACCAACCCCUCAUGUCUUCAUUCCUCCAAGCAGAACUCCAAGUCUUGUCAGAGGGAGACGAAGAUGGAAGUUAACGAUAACCUAAGACAAUCAAUUUUUAACGACGGAUCGAUCUACGGAAGCACUGCACCAAGAGCAAGAUUUUUUUACAGGAACCACCACCAGCAGCAGACGGAGGUGAUAAUGUCAAGCGCUCCAUCAACUCCAUCGAAGCACAUGGACACCACUCAGGAGGAAGUGGUGGACGACUUCAAGCACCAAAACUUCUGUGACGAAACGGUAGUUCUCUUAGGAACCGACUCUAGCGGUUCGUUAGUUAGCAAAAGCGACGGUUCUUCCAUUAUUAAUGGAGGGUUCUUUAACGAAACCUUGGACCUGUCUCAGGAAGACAUUCAGAGAACCCUCUCGGCCAACAUGCCCUUGUGUUCAACCGAACUAGAUAGUCACCAACGACACAAUUCGGAACCAAACACCGUGAAUCAGCAGAGCAAGGCGGAAUCCGAGCAGCAGACUUUGACCACUGAGAUUAAUCCUAUGGACUUCAUCGACAGUUGCGAUGUAGUCGUGUCCCCGACUCACGUCGUCGAUGAUGAUGUGUUCGUAAAUUUAGAUGCGUUCGAUAUGCUAGGUGAAUUCCCUGACCUAGAUGGCUUAGACUCGGGUCAUGCGGGGCUCUUAGAUGUAAAUCCGUCCGAAGAUAGGAAUAGCGCUAAGGCGCAGAUCGACCAGCAGCAGAACAACCAUUCUAUGGAGGGAUCGGCGAAAAUCACCGACUACUCUCCAGAGUGGGCGUAUCCAGAGGGAGGGGUCAAGGUUUUGGUUACCGGGCCGUGGCAUUCCUCUGGACCUUACACAGUACUUUUUGAUACAUUCCCUGUUCCCACUACUUUGGUGCAAAGUGGUGUUUUACGUUGUUAUUGUCCAGCUCACGAGGCUGGGUUAGCUACUCUGCAGGUUGCGUGCGACGGCUAUGUGAUUUCCAACUCUGUGAUAUUCGAGUACAAGUUGCCACCUAGGGAGGAGCAGGUGACCGCUCCCGAACCCAAAAUUGAACGAUCCAAUGAUAAUCUGCUGAAGUUCACGCUGCUGCAAAGACUGGAGGCCAUGGACGACAGGCUGCAGAUCAAACAGGAACCGUCUGACGGAGACGUGGUAGAAGACACCGCCCUCUUCGGCCAACCGAAUUUUGAGGACAGGCUAGUCAACUUUUGCCAGAACAUGACGUCGAGGAUAUGGCGGCAUGGGGAAGAAUUAAGCGUGUCUUGGUUCGCCAGCCAUAGAGGCAUGACGCUCUUACACCUAGCCGCGUCCCUGGGGUAUUCGAGGUUGGUCUGCGCUAUGCUGCACUGGAGAGCGGAAAAUUCUUCCCUGCUCUUGGAAACGGAGGUAGAUGCCCUUAGUCAGGAUGAAGAUGGAUACACACCACUGAUGUGGGCUUGCGCCAGGGGUCACACCGAAACCGCGGUGAUGUUAUACAAGUGGAACCACACAGCGUUAAACAUGAAGAACACUUCAAACCAGACAGCUCUAGACUGCGCAAGAGCUAACAACCACAUGGACUUAGUGAAGGAGUUGGAAAAGUUAGAAUUGAGACGAGACAAGGCCAACAUGCUUCUGCAAUCAAACCAAUCUUCCACAGAGGCUGCCCCUUCCCCUACAGCUAUCUCUCCCGCUAGUUCAAUUGCUUCUCUCGUUUCUAUAGCUUCUACUAGCAAGUCUCAUGAUGGGGUCUUUCUGCGACCAGGUGCAGUAACUAGAAGUGAGGCCAACAAGUACAAAAUACUGAAUUUAGAUUUGGAUUCGGAUCCAAGCAACAAAAUGAUAACGUCUACCCCAAGUCCUCUACUGUCUGAUCUCUCGUCUAGUACUAGAGGUAGCAACGGGCAAAAACUGAUAAAAAGGCCGUCGAUCGAUAGCGGAAUCCACAUGAGUUGCGGAUCAACCCACGAAAGUUCUAAGCCCAAGAGUUCUAAAGUCUAUGGUGUCAGGGAAACUCCAAAAUUGUCCAAAUUUGACAGAAGCAUGUCACUUCCGCUCCAUUCGACACCAAAGGAUAACUCGUUUGACGGAGACAGCAUAGAGUCACACAGAAGAAUGGACUUUGCUCUAUGCGAGAUAGGCAGCGGCCCCAGAAGCAGUAGCCCGCUGAUUGACGUUGAGGCCGUCUCGGAUGACGAGAGCGACAUCCACAACAGCACCGUAGGGGAGCAAGAUGCAAGGGUUCUUACUUUAGCUGAGCAGAUCAUUGCAGCAAUGCCUGACAGAAUUAAGAACGAAAGUGAAGAUAUGCUCCUUGAUAGUAGCCCAGGGCCACCCGAUACUCUUCAGACAAAUGACGGUCUUUCAGAUGUGUUCAUGGAACCACUACUGGACCAGUCCUCCUCUAGUUUUGAAUCCACCGAGUUCAAUUUUGAGUUUUCCGAUAACAAUUAUAGGUACUACGAUGUGGGCACACCUUGUUCCAGUUUAAGCCCCGCUUCGUCCAGUUGUUUGCAGUCGCCAUGUUCUUUCACGUUAGACUCCCCGUCUCCCCCACCCACUACCGCAGAUUUCUGUGAGUUUUUGCAAGCGUCCGGCACAGUAUUUGAGAAGGAUUUCUCCAAUUUAACCCUUUCAGAUCGGGAGCAACGGGAAUUGUACGAGGCGGCCAAGAUAAUCCAGAAGGCGUACCGUUCCUACAAGGGAAGACAGCAACAGGAGCAGGACAAAGAGAGGGCGGCCGCUGUGGUUAUCCAGAAUUAUUAUCGGCGAUACAAGCAGUACGCAUACUACAAGCAGAUGACUCACGCGGCGAUGGUGAUCCAGAACGGAUUUAGGUCGUACUGUGAACACAAAAGGUUUAAGAAAAGCCAAGAGGCCGCAGUGUGCAUUCAGAACUACUACCGUAACUACAAGGAGCAGGGCGGGAGGGGCAGCAGGGAAGGCACCCCUGCGUCGGGGCUCAAGCGCACCUAUUCCCAGAGACGUCAACAUCAGGCCGCCAGGAAGAUCCAGCAGUUCAUGCGACAGUCCAAAAAUAAACUGCAGAGAGAACGAGCAGAAAGAGAGAAGCAGGGGGGCCAGUCAGCGGAUGCCCACCAAAGGUCACAGUGUCAAGGGGCCUCUUCCAGUUACACAGGCCCAAAUAGCAGAUCCAAUAAUAUAGACUACUCCGAAGACUCAAAAAACGGCAACGAUAAGAAGUGAGGCAGCGUAGAAGUACUUAUUACUUAAAGAACAUUUUAGCAGGUAUACUUUGAUUUCGUAGAGUAAAACGCUACUACUAGUUACCAGUACUAUAUUUACAUUUAUUGAUAAUUCUGGUAUAUUCUUGUAUCUUUGCAAUGUCUAUUUUGGUAAUUUUCAUGCAUUUAAAUACGAAUGCAAGGAUCGACAACAAAAGUGAGAUGAUUUUAGACGUUGUAUGAACUUUUUAUUAUUAUUAUUCUGAUUGUACGGAUUCAGAGCUGUGAUUGUAGUUAGGAAAACACUUUUUCAAGCAAAACAAUCACGAAGAGAUUUAUGUUUAUUUACAUUUUCCAAAACC